GUGGUGCCAUGUACCUGCUUUUGGGGGCUUCGGGCGCGGGGAAGACCCUGCUGGUCAAGCGGCUGCAGAAGCUGACCUCCAAGGAUGGUGCCAAGGAUCUUGGGGAGCCACCAGCCACACUGCCGACGGUAGGCACAAACCUUACAGACCUUUCAGUAGGAAAGAAGAUCACAGUUCGGGAACUGGGGGGAUGCAUGGGCCCUAUCUGGUCCAGUUACUACAGUGACUGCUGCUGUGUCCUGUACGUGAUUGAUGCUGCAAAGCCUACCCAGAUUUCUUCAUCCUGCAUCCAACUUAUGUCAGUGCUUUCUGCUGAAGAGCUAAAGUCAGUUCCUAUCCUCAUCAUUUUCAACAAGAUUGACCUACCCUGCUACAUGACCCUGGUGGAGAUGAAGUCGUUAUUCCGAAUCCAGGAUAUCAUUACCUGUGCCAAACAGCUCAUCACUGUUGUGGAGACCAGUGCACGUGAUGGCACUGGCUUAUCCAACGUGAUGCAGUGGUUUCAUUCUACCCUGCAUGUUUAAAGCUGACCCUACUGUAAGCUAGAGAUGGCUCUCAACUCACGUACCUUGAUUAGACAAGGAACAGAGGAUAAUGAGUUAGGAAACAGUAUUAGGCUUGUUCCUGGGGCACUAAAUUAUGAAGUGCCAGCAAACAAAACUGAUGGUCCCCUGCAGGCAGUGGGAGCAACGAUGCUGCCACAGAUUUUGAUGUAUUUUGAACUUGAAAGUAAAUUUUGUGGAAACAUCGGGGCCUGCUCCUGUUGG